UCCCCCUGCCUGAUACUCACUCACUUGACUCACUUUUAACCACAUCCAUAUGCUGCUAGAUUAGAUGUGGGAAAUAAGAAAUCUGUGCUUGCUAGCUAACAGUCCACAGCUGUUGCCAGCGACUGUAAGUAACGGCCGGGAACAGACGCGCGGUGCCCGGCAGCAGCAUCACAGACCUGCCGCUGGAUCCUAAAACACUCUGAGGAGGAAGUUUAAACUGCUGGUUUCCUUUGUUUUUGGACGUUAUCUGCACGACAAUGUCCUCGUCUAAAUAGCUGUGGUAGGAGGUCGAGGAUGGCUGCAGACGUGGAUAAAACAAGCCCCGAGGAUGGGAGCAGGAUUUCGCAGCAGAAUAAUGGACAUCAGAGUCCUGAGAGCUCUGGGUCCUGGAUCUCCAGAGGGAUCUGCAGGGGGAUCUGGACUCUGCUGCUGGUCUGUGCUGUCCCUCUUCUCGCCUUUGGGAUCAAGCACUACCAAGAUGCCCAGUUCCUCAAACGUCAUGAAGAGAGUGUCCGAACACUGGGUGCAGAGGGGCUUUUUCUCUUCUCCUCCCUAGAUACCGACCACGACCUUUAUCUCAGUCCGGAGGAGUUUAAACCUAUUGCGGAGAAACUCACAGGAAUUACACCCCCUGUGGAUUUUGAGGAGGAAGUGAUCCAUGACCCCAAUGGAGAGACUUUGACCUUGGAGGCCAAGAUGCAGCCUCUGCUGCUCGACUCCAUGACAAAAAGCAAAGAUGGUUUCCUAGGGGUGUCUCACAGCUCCCUGAGUGGGCUGCGUUCGUGGAAGAGCCCAGCAGUGCCUUCUUCUUCCUUCUCUGCCGGCCAGUUCAGGGCCUUCUUGCCCCCAAAGAACAAGGUGGAAGUGGGAGACACGUGGUGGGUGAUUCCCAGCGAGCUCAACAUCUUCACCGGGUACCUGCCCAACAAUCGCUACCACCCUCCCUCACCAAAGGGCAAAGAGGUUCUCCUCCACUCCUUGUUGAGUAUGUUCCACCCGCGGCCCUUCAUCAAAUCACGCUUCGCUCCUCAGGGCGCGGUCGCCUGCAUUCGUGCCAGCAACGACUUUUAUUAUGACAUUGUGUUCAGGAUUCAUGCAGAAUUCCAGCUCAACGAUGUUCCCGACUUUCCCUUCUGGUUCACCCCGGGGAAGUUCACCGGUAACAUCGUUCUCUCUAAAGAUGCAUCUCAUGUCCGUCACUUUCACCUCUACGUCCCCAACGACAGGUCUCUAAAUGUGGACAUGGAGUGGCUAUACGGAGCCAGUGAGAGCAGCAACAUGGAGGUGGACAUCGGAUACCUGCCACAGUUAGAGCUGCAGUCCACGGGCCCGUCCACUCCCUCCAUCAUCAUGGACGAGGAGGGAAACAUCAUCGACAGCCGAGACGGCGGCGAGCCGAUCCAGUUCGUCUUUGAGGACAUCCACUGGACCUCAGAGAUCAGUAGGCAAGAAGCCACCCGACGCCUAGAGGUCACCCUCUACCCCUUCAAGAAGGUGUCCUACCUGCCUUUUUCAGAGGCCUUCGAGCGAGCCGAAGCGGAGAGUAAACUGGUGCAUUCCAUUCUGCUUUGGGGAGCUUUAGACGACCAGUCCUGCUGAGGUUCGGGGCGAACUCUCCGGGAGACAGUCCUGGAAAGUUCGCCCGUCCUGGCGCUGCUCAACCAGAGCUUCAUUAGCAGCUGGUCUCUGGUCAGAGAGCUGGAGAACAUGCAGGCUGAUGAGCAGAACCCUGUGUUGAGUGAAAAGGCCCGAUUACACCUGGAGAAGUACAACUUCCCUGUGGAGAUGAUGGUGGCACUGCCCAAUGGAACUAUUGUCCACCACAUCAAUGCCAACUUCUUCCUGGACCAGACGGCUAUGAAACCAGAGGAGGAAGAAGCAACAUUCAGCUUCUCUGGUGGGUUCGAGGACCCUUCCACAUCCACUUAUAUCAGCUUCCUCAAGGAGGGGUUGGAGAAAGCCAAGGAGUACCUGGUACAGUAAUUUGUGUGUGCGCGAUAGAGCCUGAGAGACUAAAGCGAGGAAAUAAUCACAAUUCCUCGGGGUAAUGAUCCAAGAUAAGGAGAAGCUUUCUCGUCAGUGUUGGCAGCUGAAAAACUGUUUUUGACGUCUGUCGUCUUUGUUACUAUUUAUUUGGGCGUCUCUCCUGGUCAGAAAGUUUUAUAUUCCGUAUUUGUAUUGUGACAAACAGAACAGGGAUAUAUUGCUUCUCAAACCUACUGUUACUGUCAUAUAAAUAUAGUAUAUUUUAAUGAGAUACAAAGCAGUAACAGUAAACACAUUUAGAUCUGCUCUCUCUGCUUGUAGCUGCUGAUCAAAGUUGAUAUAAAAUGUAGAUCAUCAUAACGCACCGAAACAUCCUAUAUUUCUUCUUUUAUAUAUCCCGGUGUCGCGUGUGCAAUAUUUAGUGGCUGCAUGUGUUUUUUCCUGCUGCUGAGCGUACCCAGAGACGGGGGGGGCGGUGACAGCUGUUGCCUUUUAAGUUGUGUUUCAGCAGUGUGUGAAGACGUUGCCUGAAAGCUCGGUCCGGGCCGGGCGACGCCUGAUGUUCUUGCUGAAGCUGCUGGAGGGAACUCCCCUCUCUGACUCAGGGGACAACAGCAGGAGGAAAAACUAAACUGGGCUGUGGCACAUAACAUUAUUAAUUCAGUUGUUUUUUCAGUUUGAAACCAAAUGUUGAAUAUUUUGCAGAUUUUCUGUUUUCGAGGAUCACACCAAAGAACUUUUUAGUUUUUAUUAUGUACAGGAGCUGGCGUCCAGCUGUUGAGGUUCAUAUUUAAGUGACUCAACGGAACCAAAUGUUUGAUUAUUGAACUGAGAGGCUCAUGGUACCGUGUGCUGUUGUUUUUCCUCUUUAAAAAUCCAGUCAAAAC